AUCAUCAUCAUGAAGACCCGAUUCACCACCCUGGACCUGAUGGCCGAGUUGGACGAGCUCAAGGCCUUGAUCGGCCUUCGUGUCCAACAGGUGUAUGACAUGGAUCACAAAUCCUAUUUGCUCCGUCUUCACGGUCAACCCGACAUGAAGCAAGUCAUUCUCCUGGAAUCUGGCUCCCGCAUCCAUACCACGGCCUUUGAAUGGCCCAAGAGCGCGGCUCCUUCGGCCUUUGCCAUGAAAUUGCGCAAACAUAUCAACAACAAACGGCUCGAAUCUAUUCAUCAAUUGGGCGUGGAUCGUGUCAUAGACUUGCAAUUCGGCAUGCAGGAAGCAGCUUACCAUGUGAUCCUGGAGAUGUACGACCGCGGCAAUCUGGUCUUGACUGACUAUCAAUAUCAUAUUCUAAAUAUUCUUCGCCCACGGGUGCAGGGUGAAGAGAAAUUCUUAGUUCGGCAAACGUAUCCUGUGGAACUUGCCCGGCAGGCCUUUGAGCCGCUUACGCUAGAGCGCUGGCAAGUAGCGCGAGCUAGCGCUAAACCCGCCGAGACGCUCAAGAGAGUGGCCAAUCCUCUGUUUGAAUUCGGUCCGGCGUUGCUGGAGCAUUUGUUGCUGGGCGCUGGUCUAACGGGCACACUCAAAAUGCGCGACUGGCGCCCAGAGGAACACGAUCCAAUUGUGCUGGGAGUUUUUGAGAGAGCUAAUGCGUUUGUCGCCGAUCAGCCUAAGCGCGGCUACAUUGUGCAGAAGCGCGACCUUCGACCGCGUGCGGAUGGUGGGGAAGAGGAAUUCUUGACCUAUGUGGAUUUUCACCCUUAUGCCUUCCGACAAUUUGAAGACCAGCCUGUCAUCAGCUUUGAUUCGUUUGAUAGAGCUGUGGAUGAAUUUUAUAGCAAAAUGGAGAGUCAGAAGAUUGAAAUGAAGGCGAUAAAUUUGGAAAAGCAGGCCAUGAAGAAGCUGGAGAACGUUCAGAAAGACCAUGAUAUGCGUUUAGAGAAGCUGGAACAAGAGCAGGUCUUUGAUCGACGAAAGGCUGAACUAAUUGAAUUGAAUGAGCCGUUGGUGGACAAUGCCCUGAUGGUGAUCCGCUCAGCCUUGGCCAAUCAAAUUGAUUGGCCGGAGAUUCAAGAAUUGGUCAAAGAAGCCACGGAUAAUGGUGAUCCCGUUGCGUCCAAAAUCAAAAGCCUUAAAUUGGAAACGAACCACUUUUCCAUGCUACUCACUGAUCCCUUUGCCUAUCUAGAUGACAGUGAUGACGAUGACACGAAAUCCGGAGAGGGCUCUUUAAACCCCAAGGAGCUCCUGAUUGACAUUGAUAUCGACUUAAGUGCUCAAGCCAACGCCCGCAAAUAUUACAUCCAAAAGAAGUCUGCGGCUCACAAGCAGCAGAAAACCCUUCAAUCCCAUGAAGUGGCCAUGAAGUCGGCCGAGCGCAAGACCAAGCAGACAUUGAAAGAAGUGGCCGCCAUCACAAACAUCAAUAAGGCUCGAAAAGUGUUCUGGUUUGAAAAAUUCUUCUGGUUCAUAAGCUCUGAAAAUUAUUUGGUGAUCGCAGGUCGAGAUAUGCAACAGAACGAGUUAAUCGUAAAACGCUACAUGAGACCUGGGGACGUGUACGUUCAUGCUGACCUCCAUGGAGCGAGCAGUGUGGUGAUCAAGAAUCCAACUGGUCAACCUGUACCUCCUAAGACCUUAAACGAAGCCGGUCAGAUGGCCUCAUGUUAUUCAGCUGCUUGGGAGAACAAAGUGGUGACCUCGGCUUGGUGGGUUGAGAGCUCACAGGUGUCUAAAACCGCUCCCUCAGGCGAAUACUUGACUGCGGGUAGUUUCAUGAUCCGCGGCAAGAAAAACUUCCUUCCUCCUUCGUUUUUGGUUCUCGGGUUUGGAUUCAUGUUCAAAUUGGAAGAAGAUUCUAUCGAAAGACAUAAAGACGAGAGAAAGAUUCGUGUUCAGGACGAGUUACUUCCUGCUUCAGCUGCUGAAGAAGUGACGGAUGGUCUAGCCGAGGUUGAAAUCAACGUCGAGGAAGGGAAAUCAAGCGAGGAGGAAGACGGAGCAGAGGACAAGAAAGAUGUCGAGAUCAAGUUAGAGGAUGUCAAAGAGGCGAACACGGAGACUGAUGACGAUGAUGAAGUAAGCGCAUUCCCGGAUACAGCCAUAGAUAUCAAGCUUUCACAUGGAGGCGAUAUUGAAGUCAAGGCUCGAGGACCUGGCGAAAGUAAGGAAGAAGACGAGGUAGCCGAGAGUCAGCAAGUGAUUUUUAGUGCCGCUCCCAGGCGCAAGCAGAAAAAGGUCAAAGCCAACCAAAAGUCCCAAGCCAAGCCUCAAGAAACGGAUCAAGAGACCACUGAAGAAUCUGGCAAAAAUGGUCAGCCAAAGCGCGGGAAGAAAGGAAAAAUGAAGAAGCUAAAAGAAAAAUAUAAGGAUCAAGAAGACGAGGAAAGAGAGCUCAAGAUGAAAAUCCUACAGGGAUCUCAGAGAGAGCGGAAAAAGGAUAAGAAGAACAACGCCAGUAACAAAAAACCUGUUGGAGAAGACAAGAAGAUCCCAGUCACCAAAUCCCGGCCUCCCAAAUCCAACGCCGAUAAUCAAGGUCAACCGGGAGAACCCGAUGCCGACGAAGACCUUCCCAACGUGAAUGCUGAAUUGGAUAUGUUGGACUCGCUUACAGGAAUACCCGUUGCUGAAGAUGAGCUAUUGUUUGCCGUUCCCGUGGUGGCCCCUUAUAACACGAUGGCCAAUUACAAGUUCAAGGUCAAAAUCACCCCAGGCACCGGCAAGCGAGGCAAAGCCACAAAAACGGCUCUGAUGAUGUUUCUUGGUGAUCGAGGCACCAGCCAAAGGGAUAAGGAUCUCUUGAAGAGCGUCAAGGACCAGGACCUGGCGAGGAACCUUCCCGGAAAAGUCAAACUUUCCGCACCCCAUUUGCAAAAGGUCAAGGCCAAAAAGAAGUAGCCUCGAUGGUCAAUCAAGUCCCUGACAAGAGGCUCGUGAAUAACGAUCGUGCAUUGUGAUGACAUAUGAAGGAGGCAUACCGAUAAGUUUCUGGUCUUCCUUAAAACGAGAAUAAUACCAUCAUUUAUUAUUUACUGA